AUGGCCGAUAUGGACCAAAGCAUGAUGGACGAGUCUUUUGCCGUGUCCGAGGCUGCGGAUGACCAAAACCACGCUGGCUCAACCGCCAGCGCGACGGUCGGUACAAGACGACAAGCAAAUGGCACGAUUGGCUCUGUCUACUCUGGCAACAAGAUUCGGCACUUGAAGAAAGAAGAUGGUAUCCCACUGUGGCGCAAAGAUAUCCAAUACCAGUUCCUCAAGUUGGUGUUUGAAGACAAAACACCAGUCUUUACGCGGUAUCCCGAUGGACAAAAGGGAAUGGAUUUCGCUGAUGUCUACAUUGACGCAAUGGCCCGGAGCAGCAAGACUAGCAAGAUCCUCAAGGACAAAUUGCAAAAUGACAAACCGGCAGCUAUCAGCAUGGCCAUGGUCUGUCUGCUCGUCAAUUUCGGUCGCAUGAAUACCACUCUGAACUUCUUCCCUGAAAUGCGUGCUCAACUCCGAACAUACCACUCGAUUCCGUCAUUACAAGCGCAUCAGGACUCCAAUGCCUAUAAGCAGUUGCAGGAUGCCCCACGUCUCAAAUCUAUCCUCAAGGGUGCCUCUGAGGAUGCCGAACAACCAAACACACUGGAUAAGAUCAAGCGGUUAAAUGUGCCUAGGACGAAUCCGGUGAAUCUGAUCUUCGUUCUGGCACAGUACGCCCCCAAAGUGUCGGAAACACACUUCUUCCCUCCUCGGGAUUUCUUUGAUUUGGUUAUGAGAUCUACGCUUUCGAGUCAAAGUCGCGCCAGGGCGUUCCUAUGGUUGAUGUGGUGGUACCUGGAAAGUGACUUUAGCCGUGAGGCGGCCCUAAACAAUCCAUUUGGUGCUGGCAUGGAAGGCGAGGGCUCUGAGGGACUACCUCUCAAGGUGCCAGCCUUUGAUAUAUUGACUGAGGAGCAGUCGAACGAGGAGAAUGUAGAUACACCCGAAGAGCAGGAAUAUGGAGAGUCGAAGCGACUGGAACGAAAGCGCAUUCUGGAGGAAGAAGAACCAUUACCACGCGUCCCAAAACGACCCAAGAAAGAAUUUGGCUUUGAGGAAGACUCAUUUGCUGGAGACUACUCUGGCUUCGGAGGCCGCGGCUCUGCCAUGUCAACCCCUCUCCACCCCUCUGCUAAACGAAGUUUGGACGACGAGGAAGAUGAUAUGACCCCUGGUGGCUACUCCCGUCCGCGCCCCAAGCAAGCCAAGCGGGAAUCCUCACUUAAUCGAGCUAUGGGCCAGCAGAGGCUCAUCUUGAAGACGCGAAUGGAACACACUCCCGAUGCCUCUCCCGCGCCUCCGGGCUCCAAUCACCCAGUCCUCAACCGUUUCAUCACCGAGCCUUCAUUGUCUUCAGCCCCCGGACGUCGACCACGUCCAUUAACACAGCACCAAAUUGCCGUGGAGCAAAAUCGCCGUCAAAGGAUCGACUAUCUCCUCGCUAAGCGCCGGUCAAAUGCCUAUCGUGUCCUCCGCGCCAAGCGUGAAAGUGAGAUUCCAUUCGGCCGCUACGGUCGCUUGCUUCAGAGUCUCCCCGAAGGCUACAACACCGAAGAUGAAGAUAACUCCUGGGGCAAGGGCGGCCUUUUCCCGAAUCCCGAGGAAGAAGACGACUUUGGAGAAUGCGCCAGUGUCUUCUUAUCUGUAGUCCGCAAAGCCGCCCGACGACUGGACCGCUGGGAUUGCGAUGAAGCCAACGGGCCCAAAAAGGAUCGCAAGCAAGAACGCGAGGAGCGAUACAAAGCCCGCGCAGCCCUGGAGGCCGACGUGCGCAACAGCAACAAUCGCUCGCGCCCGCGUGCCUCACGCCCCAGUGCCGCCAAGCGCAAGUCGGGUGUCACAGCUACCCCAGGCACCGCAAAGAAAGCCCAAGCGUCUCAUGCCAAGGGUCUUCCCAGCUACCCCGACGGUCCGGGCGCUGGCACUCCCGGCAUGGGCACCCCCAACUGGGGCGGACAUGACGACUACAUCGAAGGAGAACUGGAUGACCUGGACCGGGAAUUACUCGGUGAAGGGUCCGACGGGGAUUCCACUGAAGAUGAUGAUGACGAAGAUGAAAACUCAUCUACAUAUGAGGGUGCCAAUGGCUAUGCGCGACAUGAGGCCUCAUCCCCGCCUCCUGCGGGUCUUGCUGAUCACCGAGUAGGUGAUGGCGACGAUGUGAUGGAAGACUAA